UUUGCUUCACAAAAAUAUGGCAAGCCUAUGCUCAGUGUCGAGUGAAUGAAAGAUCAUCUGAUUGUGUACGUGGGUCUAAUAUGUGGCAUUGACUGUCAUUCCAUUUACUUACUCUUGAACUUAACCUUUGUGGAAGCAAGAUGCCCAGAUUGCUGUUUAUGAACCAGCUCAAGGUAUUUUUAUAAUUCCUUCCCUAAAAUAGGUGUUUUAUUUCUUUGCACUUUGAUUGAGAAGGCGCGUUGUAUCCUCCCCACAGUGUCUGAUGCACUUCAUUUGCAACAGAUAAUUCUUCCUGUAAGAUGAAUUAAGGGACGGACGGGGACACUUCGUCUUCAGGCAUGGAGAACAGUCUGUCAGUUUCCAAUAUGCAAGACCCUUCCUCUUCUCCCUCGGAAAAGCAACUCGACUCAGCCAAUGGAAAUGGUGACCUUGAUUCAGAAGACGGCUCCAGCUUGGAGGAAAUUGGUUUUAACUGGGGAGACUAUUUGGAAGAGACAGGCAUGAGGGCUGCCCCCCAUACAUCCUUCAAACAUGUUGAAAUCAGCAUUCAGAGCAACUUCCAGCCAGGAAUGAAGUUGGAGGUGGCCAACAAGAACAACCCGGACACGUACUGGGUGGCCACGAUCAUCACCACCUGCGGACAGCUGCUGCUGCUGCGUUACUGUGGUUACGGGGAGGACCGCAGGGCUGACUUCUGGUGUGACGUGGUCAUAGCCGACCUGCACCCCGUGGGGUGGUGCACCCAGAACAACAAGGUGUUGAUGCCCCCGGACGCAAUCAAAGAGAAGUACACAGACUGGACAGAAUUCCUCAUACGCGAUUUGACUGGCUCUCGGACAGCACCUGCCAACCUCCUGGAAGGUCCUCUGCGAGGGAAAGGCCCUAUAGACCUCAUUACAGUUGAUUCCUUAAUAGAACUUCAGGAUUCUCAGAACCCUUUUCAGUACUGGAUAGUUAGUGUGAUUGAAAAUGUUGGAGGAAGAUUACGCCUUCGCUAUGUGGGAUUGGAGGACACUGAAUCCUAUGACCAGUGGUUGUUUUACUUGGAUUACAGACUUCGACCAGUUGGUUGGUGUCAAGAGAAUAAAUACAGAAUGGACCCUCCUUCAGAGAUCUAUCCUUUGAAGAUGACCUCUGAGUGGAAAUUUGCUCUGGAAAAAUCCCUUAUUGCUGCCGCAGAGUCUCCUCUUCCAAUGGAAGUGUUUAAGGAUCAUGCAGAUUUGCAAAGCCAUUUCUUCACAGUCGGGAUGAAGCUAGAGACAGUGAAUAUGGCUGAGCCCUUUCAUAUCUGUCCUGCGUCAGUGACCAAGGUUUUCAACAAUCAUUUUUUUCAAGUCACUAUUGAUGACCUAAGGCCAGAACCUAGUAAGCUCUCGAUGCUGUGCCAUGCAGAUUCUUUGGGAAUUUUGCCAGCUCAAUGGUGCCUUAAAAAUGGAGUCCGUCUCACUCCUCCGAAAGGAUACUCUGGCCAGGACUUCGACUGGGCAGAUUAUUACAAGCAGCACGGGGCGGAAGAAGCACCUCCCUUCUGCUUCCGAAAUACGUCAUUCAGUCGGGGCUUCACUAAGAACAUGAAACUGGAGGCUGUGAACCCUAGAAACCCGGGCGAGCUUUGUGUGGCCUCCGUGGUCAGCGUGAAGGGGCGUCUGAUGUGGCUGCACUUGGAAGGUCUGCAGACUCCUGUUCCAGAGGUCAUUGUUGAUGUGGAAUCCAUGGACGUCUUCCCAGUGGGCUGGUGUGAAGCAAAUGCUUACCCCUUGACUACACCGCACAAAACAGUCUCACAAAAGAAGAAAAAGAUUGCAGUUGUACAGCCAGAAAAACAAUCGCCGUCCACAGUGCCUGUUGAGAAAAUACCUCAUGACCUUUGCUUAUUCCCCCACUUGGACAUGACAGGAACUGGCAAUGGGAAAUACUGUUGUCCGCAGCUGUUCAUCAACCACCGGUGUUUCUCGGGCCCAUACCUGAACAAGGGCCGGAUCGCAGAGCUGCCUCAGUCGGUGGGGCCCGGCAAGUGUGUGCUGGUUCUCAAAGAGGUUCUUAGCAUGAUCAUCAAUGCAGCCUACAAGCCCGGUAGGGUAUUGAGAGAGCUGCAACUGGUGGAAGAUCCAUACUGGAAUUUCCAGGAAGAGACACUGAAGGCAAAGUACAGAGGCAAAACGUACAGAGCUGUGGUCAAGAUCGUGCGAACCUCUGACCAGGUCGCCAACUUCUGCCAGCGUGUGUGUGCCAAGCUAGAAUGCUGUCCAAACUUGUUUAGUCCUGUGCUGAUUUCUGAAAACUGCCCGGAGAACUGCUCCAUCCACACCAAAACCAAAUACACUUAUUAUUAUGGAAAGAGAAAGAAGAUCAUUAAGCCUCCAAUCGGGGAAAGCAACAUUGAAAGUGGACAUCCUAAACCAUCAAGAAGAAGAAAGCGACGAAAAUCCAUCUUUGUGCAGAAGAAACGGAGGUCUUCAACCAUGGACUUUGCAGCAGGCUCUGGGGAGGAAAGUGAGGAGGAGGAUGCAGACGCCCUGGAUGAUGACACCGCCAGCGAGGAGACCGGCUCUGAGCUCCGAGAUGACCAGACAGACACCUCCUCAGCAGAGGUGCCCUCGGCACGGCCCCGGAGGGCUGCUACCCUGCGGAGCAGCUCAGAGCCCGCCCGCCGGCCGGCCGCGGAGAGGACACGAAGGGGCCGCCUGGUGCCCACUACUCCCUCUGCCGAGGAGGGGGACAAGGGCCCACCUGCCAAGCCUGAGGGCUCAGAGGACACGAAACAGGAGGACGAGGAAAGGCUGGUCCUGGAGAGCAACCCCCUGGAGUGGACAGUCACCGACGUGGUGCAGUUCAUUAAGUUGACAGACUGUGCCCCCUUGGCUAAGAUCUUCCAGGAGCAGGACAUCGAUGGCCAGGCCCUCCUACUGCUGACUCUUCCAACCGUGCAGGAGUGCAUGGAGUUGAAGCUGGGACCCGCCAUCAAGUUAUGCCAUCAGAUUGAGAGAGUUAAAGUGGCUUUCUACGCUCAGUACGCCAACUGACCCUCUCCAGAGGUGGCCCAUUACCUUUGCAAUGUGUUGUUUGUGAAGGUCUUCAGGACUGGUACUUUGAUUUUUCUGGGGUAUGUGAAAUGGUGCAUUCACUUUGUAUCAGCCAGAGCCCAAGGCCUCCUUCCUCCACCAGCCUGUUUGAUAUUUCCAUCUUUGUAAGGCUCACAGAAGUACCACAGCCGUGACUUCUGAGGAGUAUAGUUACAGUCCUGCAUCAGACUCUGCAGGGGACACGGAACAGCUUCUUUGUGUGUCCCUGUUUUGCCUUUCUCCUACCCCAAACAAGGCAGCUUCCUUUGAGCAAGUUUUCCUAAACUGAGGCCCACAUUCUUUUAGAACUAAGUUGGGCACAGUUGCCAUCUCCUGAAAUAAGACCGAGAAACAUAUGUAAUCCUUUGCUGGUAGUUUUUGUUACGAUCCUGCUCAGGCUUCUUUAUAGAUGCAUCUGUCGCAUCAGUACAUGUGUGUCUGUGGUUUACUGGGCCAUGCUAUCCCCGCGACUUGAUCUUGGUGGCAACUUCCUUCUCUAAUGCAGUUGUGUAUGAGCUUUGAGGACGCCAUUAUAAAACACUGUGCUGGACCUCUAUCCUCAGAGGUGCCUUUCAGGAAGUAUGGGGACCGUGGGGAAGCCGGCGUCGGGAAGUAAUGAGACAACUUUUCCUGAGUGACCUAACCUGCAAUAUCUAUGGAGAUUAUUCUAUCCACAGCCUGCUAAAGAACCAUAAUAUUCUAAUUUAAUUGUAACCAGAUCAAGGGGUGACUACUACACGGAGGAAAUGUUUAUUUGGAAGAAGCAGUUCAUGAACUAGUGACACCCCUUAGAAGGGUCACUGCAGCAUGGCUGCAGACGAGUCCCUCUGCACACCCUUUCUGCCCACUUCUGCCGUGCCUCAACGCUUGUACAGCAGACAUGCAGAGGUGGUUACCCUGCCGCACUCGCAGAGUGAGUCCUGGCACUGCCAGCAGCUGGUUCCCAUCCCGGCUUGCUAAUGACCAACUGUGGGAUCUUGGGCAACUUCCCAUUACUCUACCCCCAAGUCCCCUUCGGAGGAUGGGCAUGGACUCUUAGGAGUUUAGGGGCAAGCAUCUUCCUCCUCACUCCUACUGGAAGGAAAGUUUGGGUUGACCAAAAGGAGUAAAGAAAGAAAAAAGAAGUAUCCAACGUCAGUCUGCCACUCCUGCAGCUCAAGCUAGCUUUGAGGUUGCUUAUGAAAUUGCUUGGGCUGGGAAUUUAGCUCAGUGGUGCCAUUGCGUGGCACCUUGCAAGCUUAAGGUCCUGAAUUAGAUUCCUGGUUCCAAAAAAAAAAUUCCUUGGGAAGUUGUGUUGAAUUAGCUAAGAUACUUGCAGACAAAUCUGUGGUCCUAAGAAGUGCUUGGCCUUUUAUAUCCAUCUGUGUGUUUUGUGAGGAGCUCAGGCUGCUCUUGCAAACCCGGAAGGACUGCUCUGCUCCGAUGUGGUUACCUCAAUGCUUUUCAAAAGGACACGGAGAAACCAAACUUUAUGUUUUUCAGAAGUGGGCACUCACAGUUGCUUUACGCCUUCUGACUUUGUUGUUGUUGUUCUUUGUUUUGUUGGUUUUGUUUUGUUUUUACCAGAAUUAUGUUGAUCUUCAUCUGUGAUUGGAGUCCCUCAAUCUUGCCAGUAAGGCAGUAUGGUGGGUUUCUUGAGUGUUGCCCUGUAUUAUUCAUGCCAGUGUUGACAUUCUGUAACAGCUGCAGGUGAACAUGAAAAACAGAUAUUUUUGUGCUUGAGGCUUUGUAGUCUUUCCUGCAGCUGAUUUCUACAGUCCAGCUUUUAAUGCCUGGAGAAUGAAUCUGUCUGGACGCCACUGAUGGGAGGCUUUUGUCCUGCAUGAUGUUGCCGGGAUAGAAAUGUCCUGGAGAUUCGUGGUUGGCUUGCAGUUGCAUAACUCUCUUCCAACCUAAAGUGUGACCUCUCCUCGCUUCCUCUAGCCACAUGCUUUUGGCCUUAAAAGCUCAGUACCGUGGAAUUAAACUGUCCAGCACUGGAAAGGGUAUCUAUUUCAAGAUCUGUGACAUUUUGCCUGUGCUGACUCCUUUAUGAUCCGUCACUGUGGCCUUUUCAAUCAGAGCUAUUUCUGUUGUGUUGGAAGUGGAGAUGAGGACACAUGUCAGUUAUAGCAUAAUAUCGUACUUUAAAGAAUACUGCACCUCUCUGCCCUUUCCCGUAAUGGCAGGAGGAGGAGAUGCGGCAUCAGAAGUAGAGACUUCUCAGUCUGUGCAGAGAGCUGGAGCAUCAUGCUUCAGGAAGCCCAGGCAGGAUAUACCAGCACUGCUGGGAGAAGCUUUGUGCCUCCCAUGAAGCCAGAUAUCCAGCAUUCUCCUGGACCUUUAGCCUUGCAGUUUAACUUCAGUUGCUUUCUGCACAGUGUUGGCCGCUUGGUGGACUUGAGCUUUAUGUGCGUGUGACAAGGAGGAAAUGGCUGUACCCAGAGCAGAAGAGUGCCCAGCUCUGGGCCAUCACCUUGGAUGUUGUCUCUGUGCUGUCUCCCCAGCGCUCCAGGAAAGCCAAGGAGCUUUGCAGAAACGCGGAACGUGGUCAGUGUCUCCCUGAACUUGGAUUAUUUGGGCAUUGCACCAUAGUGGAUACGCUCCUUCACAUCAGCAGCAAUUCCGACAGAAUUGUAAAGUAGUUUUCACUUUUCUCUGGACUCACCUCUCACCAGCUUCUGUCUUAAAGAUAGAGGCAAUGUCCAAGGAGGACUGUGCUGUGUUGUGUCCCUGUUGCAGAAAAAAUGGAUUUUACACAUAAUACCCAAUAUUGCCACAACCCAUGAGCCAAAUAUUUCUUGGUCUGAACCCCAACAGAUGAUGCCUCAUGCCCAGGAGUACCAUUUCUUUACAUGUCUUUGAUCUUCCUUUGAGUCCAAAGACCUCUCACUGUACACUGUGCAGUGUACAUCAGACACUCAAUACCUCCUGGACCUGGCCAAGCAGGCUCCUUGCAGUCUGCUCUGUGUGUACAACCCAAGAAACAGAAAUACCAUUUCAGCAUUGUAACGAGAGUCUGCCGCCCGGUCCUGCCCCAAAAUUAAUGGCUGAUUUCAGUCCCUAACUUCUGACAGCAUCUGUACUGUGUUGGAAGAAUAUCCUGUCCACACACACGUGCACACACACAACAACUCGAAAAGAACAGGGUACUACAGGCAUUACAGAACUUCUUUGCUUUCCUACAGGAGUUCCAUGCAGAGCACAUUUGUCAGUUUCCAAAUUAAAUUCCUUUGAUCAGAGUUUGAGUCACACACAGUAUUUGAUCUGUACGGCUCCCCCAAUUCCUCCGUCUUAUUUGAUCAGAUUUAAAAGAUCGUUUCCUGUGUGUUCACUUUGAUUUGUUCCUCAAUAAAUUUAAAUGAUUCAAACCUUAGCACUGCCACUUCUGACCUCUGCCACAGUCACUAGAAGGUUGAUUUUGAUCAGCCUUUUGAAGAUAGGUCUGUUUCCUAAUUUAUCAUAGAAUUUUGGGUGUUGUGUGAGGCAAGUGCUGAAUUUGCCUUCUGUCUUGUACCAAACACAUCUGUAGAAGAUCUGUCCCACCCUUAGUGUUGAUGCACUAGGGGUUUUCAUACUAGUUUUGUAGAACCAUGUGUAUUUAUUUCUGUACAUAGGACUAAAACAAAACAAAGAAGUGUUAAGGUCUUUGUUGUGGUUUGACAUCAUUGCUGCUUUGGGGUAAAAUAGUGAUUCUAGAUUCCAAUUACUCUAUCUAUUCUGUCUUUAGAAAGCUGUGAUUGAGUGUGCAAUUAUUUGAAAAACAAUAGUAAAUUAAGAUAUCUGUAGUUUUUAAGGAAGAAACCUUCAGAAAGCUAUACAUUCUGUCUGUGUCUAUUUCGUGCAAUAAUUAAAUGAUAUGGGAAAACUAUAUUCAUAUUGGGAAUGAGUACAAUUUAAUAAUUCUCUUAACUCUGUUUUUCUGUCCAGAAGUUUUAUGGAAAUUACUCCCUUUAACUUGGUUCAGUUUUUAAGUUGAUUACUUCUCAGCUCUUAUCAGUGUAGUGAUUUACAGAUAUCUAAAACAUUAUCUGAAAAAAA